GCGUCCUUAAUCAUUACAAUUCAAGUUGAAUCAUCUUCCGUCUGUACCAGACUCGUAAUCGCACCACACUGGCAGCAGUACCUUUCUGGGGGAGAUCAUUUCAGAACAAUGGCUAGUAAUGUGGUUCCAACGGCAUGCCCAUCCCUCACGCGAAGUCACGCUCCAAUGCAAUUUGUUCAACUCCAUGACGAUGUACUCAUCCUCAUUGCGGAGCAUUUGGAGUCACUGGCCACCUUAAGAACAGCUUGUACAUGCAAGCGGCUCCAUGUAACCAUGCGAGAUCUGGCUAUACGAGAUGUCUAUUUCAAAACUCCCCGACAACUCGAUGGUUUCAUCUCAUACGUGUUGAGCGACUCAUCCCGCCCUAAUCUCAUCCGAUCUAUCGAGAUCGGCUUUCGAGAAUUACCCGGUGACCUCGAACUUUUCUCAAGGCUUUCUGGUCUUUUGCACGAUACCGGCAACCUUUCAUGCCUCGUAGUCAGACCUGACUACGAAGCAUUGAUAUGCCAGCAGUCUACCUGGCGGCAUACCAUCAACAAUAUCCCUUCCCUCCAGUCUAUGAACAUCUAUUAUCCAGGUUCUGCAGCAUUCCGUGGAUUUGCUGAAAUGCGCAGCCGCUUGCGGUAUCUGACGAUUGACAGCCCUACAUAUUACGAAGACUAUGCGCUUCCCCAUCUCGGAGCUCUGGAACGUCUAGAGAAACUCAAGAUGUCGCAAUGCGAUUCUGCCAUGCUCAGCGACGAUAGUAUAUGGCCCACAGUGGUGUCACUUACGUUUGAGGACGCACUCAUCACUGCAACCAUAGUUGUUCAUGCCUUCCCCAAUGUCCGCGACCUUACGCUACGCUUCGUUGAAUUGGCGUUCUGGCCCGAGGAUGAUGGGGAUUCAUUUUGGUCGUAUCUAAACAGUCUCACCGUAUGCUGGUUUGAAAUACUGUCUUUUGAUUAUUUGUGUCCUGUUCGUCAGCUUACUUUCAUAGAAUUCAAAGAGUACGAUGGAUGUGAGGUUGACGAUUGGGAAGAAUGCCUUAGAGUCCUGGCUCACACCCGUCCCGUAGUUUUCUCCUUUCCUGUUAUUGCCAGCACGGACGAGCGCAUUCCAGUUGCUUUAUUCGAGGCCACUCACAAGCGGCUGCGCUGUCUGAAAAUCACCCUGACAGAAGAGUCGAAGAUUGGCGACAUAUACGUGUGGAUACACAACCUCUGGAAUGGCAUCGGAACCCUCCCCCUCCUUUCGUUCUGUCUAUGCAUUCGACGGAACUAUCCUGUCACCGCCCAAGAUGUCCGGGAGAAUCUUGACUCCAGUAUGACAUAUUUCCACAUUCCUACUAUUUUAUCUCGAGUGUUCGUGAACACCCAAUUCAUCGGCUUCGAUCUGGCCAACUUCCCUGAAUCAAAGACGUACUGGUGGUGUGUCGUGGGCCGGGAAGGCGCACAUGCGGAUUUGUUCGGAUUGUCAGAAGAGUGGAGUCCACUUUUGACGGAUGCCUUGGAUGCCAUGGAUGAAACUUCUGAAUCCUUGGCUAGAGUUGAACGCAGUCUGCCCCGAGAAGUGUCGUUAGCUUGGAGAACAUACCAGUCCAGCCUGAUUCCCAUAGAGAACGAUCUAGAGAGUUCUGGCUGAUCUCGAGCCAUGGUCGUAUUCUCAUUCAUCUUGACAAACUCGGGAUUCCGGGCUGUAAAUUUGUGUAUCAUUACCAGGAUCAUGAUCGCCUGUUUCCUUCUCGUCAAGGUCCGAGGCCAUUUGGCCUCCUUAAUCGCUUAAUGGAAUUUGUCUUCUUCGUACAGGCUUCGGUGUGUUGAAACCGUCUAUGUCAAUUAUAGGCACAGCAUUUGAUUCAACCUACGAGGUAUAUUGGUGCC